AUGUCCCACGUCCCACCAACCGAGUCCAUUCCCAAACCAGAGGAACCGAAAGCUGCAGAACCACAACAGUCUCCUCAGCAACCUCAGUUCCAGCAAGUACCUCCGAUUUACUACCAAUUUCCACCUCAAGGUUACUACCCACCACAAGGCUUCCCGAACUACCCUCCUCAGCCUAUGCCUUACUUCCCCAACCCUUGG